CAACAGCUCGGUAGCAGUAACCCGGGGACAGCUUUUCUGGAGAUCCGAGCUCCCUCACGUAAUAGCCGACCGAACCUCCCGCAAUUGACAUCAUUCUGAGAUUUGCACCUGCAUUUGUCAACCCGUCAAUCCAACGUCAAAAGAAUACGCAAAAUGUCGUCCACUCUCCUCCGUACCGCGCCCGUCCUCCGCACAGCUCUGCGAGCUAGCGCCACUAAGCCUGCUGCUGCUUUGGCCAGCACCAGCUUCGUCCGCGGCAAGGCCACUUUGCCCGACAUCUCAUACGACUACGGCGCCCUCGAGCCCUACAUCUCGGCCCAGAUCAUGGAGCUUCACCACUCCAAGCACCACCAGACCUACGUCAACGGCCUCAACACCGCUCUCGAGACCGUCGAGGACGCCAACGCCAAGGGCGACUACGUCAAGGCUGCUGCCCAAGCUCCCUUGAUCAACUUCCACGGCGGUGGCCACGUCAACCACUCUCUCUUCUGGGAGAACCUCGCCCCUGCCAGCAGAGAUGGCGGUGGCGAGCCCGACGGCAAGCUGGCUCAAGCUAUUAAGGAGGAUUUUGGCUCCUUCGACACCCUGCGCAAGCAGAUUAACACCUCCCUGGCUGGUAUUCAGGGCAGCGGCUGGGCCUGGCUGGUUAAGGACAAGACUAGCGGCACCCUCGGCGUCGUCACUCGCGCGAACCAGGACCCCGUUACCGGCAACCUCGAGCCUCUCCUUGGCAUCGACGCUUGGGAGCACGCCUACUACCUGCAGUACCAGAACCGCAAGGCCGAGUACUUUGACGCCAUCUGGAACGUUGUCAACUGGAAGACUGUCGCCAAGCGCUUCGAGAAAUAAGCAAGGAUGGGGACACAUGUACGAUAUGCAAGUGUUGAUACCUAGCAAGAAUUUACCGUGUUCGAUCAAUGUCAACCUGCUGUUCAACAACGUGCCAGGCUGUGACAGCCACCCCAAUUCCAAUC